AUGAGAUGCUUCCCCAUGCCAACCCGCCAUCCAAACGGAAACCCUUAUCCAAUCCCUCGCUCCGCUUCAGUAGACCUCCCUUCGCCUCCCCCUACGUUCGCCGGCCUGACAGACGACGACCCGUCACACCUCGACCCCUUCCUCUCGACUCCCGAGGAUGUGCGGAAACAUCUCGCGAGGCUGAAGAAGCAGAAGAAGCCGUACACAAUGGACCUGACGAUCAUGGCGGCCAAGAAGAAGGUGCACAAGAGCGCGUGUAUACGCGACCGGUGUAAGAGGCGGUUCAGGGAGGCGGUGAGGAUGGUUGUCGUACGCGGAGCGCGGAAGGAUGAGACUGCGCCGGGAAGAAUCGCGGUCAGCAAGGAGGUUGUCGGCGAGACGGGCCCGAGGAAGUGGUUGAUGGCUGGUUACUGCUACGUUGUCACGAUCGACCUUGAGAUGUACCGACAUCCUCUACCGGACCUCGUCGAGCACGUCCGGACCGCGCUGACAAGCCUGAAGCGGCGAGCGGAACAGGCUACGCUCGACGCGCAACUGGACGACCUGGAGAUCUCGCCGCCCGCGAGAGAGCCGGACGACCUGCAAGGCUCUCAUUGA